AUCAACUCCUGUUUUCAUCAAGUCAUACAUACAUCUUCCUUCUUUUACACACAAACUCAGUUUCCAUAAUCAAAAGGCUCCUUUCGAUCUUCUACUCUUGAUAUACUUUCGCUAAAUGGCUUCCAACUCCAUGAGUUCUAACGCUUCUUGGACACGUAAGGAGAACAAACUAUUUGAAAGGGCUUUGGCUACAUAUGACCAGGACACUCCUGACCGUUGGCAUAACGUUGCAAGAGCAGUUGGUGGGAAAUCGGCUGAAGAAGUGAGGCGACACUAUGAGCUCCUCAUUAGGGAUGUCAAUGACAUUGAGUCAGGGCGUUAUCCGCAUCCCAAUUACCGUUCAAAUGGAAACUGAAAGCAUUCAGCUACUCUAAAAGGUUCAUCUGAAACCAUGGUUUGAAGACCAAGAACAAACAGAGAGCUAUCAAAGUAUUUUUACUUUUAUUUGUGUUGAAUAUGUAAGAAUCAACCACUUUCAUGCUAAUCUAAAUCAAUCAAAGUGAGUUUCAUAUGAUCAAACUAA